ACUCUACAUCCUGCAAAGUGACUAGAAUGAAUUGGAGGAGGGGGGGUCGUCAAAUUAAAUAUAACAACUGUCUUCUGUCGUGUUUAAAUCGUCCUGCAUGGAUCAUCUCCACCACGUUAACCGCGACAAGAACCGUAAUGGAGGAACAGCAAAGGGGGUUAAAAGAAUGACGUGUUUCAAGUCAAAUAGCAAUUUCUAACAAGCCAGCUGACGUCAGCUCAUACAGCCAGCAGCAUCAUCAGCAACGUUACUGCUGCUGCUGAUGAUUAAAAGAUAGGAGCAUGUACUUUCUCUACACAAUCAUCGCGUCCUUAGUUUCUUUUUUCAUUUUGAAAUGGAUGAAAAAGAGGAGGUACUGCACCGACCUGAAAAGACUUGAUGGCAAAACAGUUCUUAUUACAGGUGGCAAUUCUGGCAUUGGCAAAGAGUCAGCUGUUGCCUUGGCAACGAGAGGCGCCCGUGUCAUCAUCGCUUGCAGAGACCCGGACAAGGCCGAGAAGGCAGUGAGGGAGAUCAAGUUCAAGAGUCACAGCCUUAACGUCCUUCACAUGGAGCUGGAUCUGGCCAGCCUGCGCUCUGUGAGGGAGUUCUGUAAGAGCUUCCUCCAGAGAGAGAAGAGGCUUGACAUCCUGAUCAACAAUGCAGGCAUGCCCGGUGUCCUCGACUGGACGGACGACAGCUUCAGCAUGUGUUUUGGCGUCAACCACUUGGGACACUUCCUCCUAACCAAUCUGCUUCUGCCUCGCCUGAAGGAAUGUGGCCCAAGCCGUGUGGUCACCCUCACAUGCUCCAGCUACAAAUACCAGAAACUGGACUUCCAGGACCUCAACUACAACCUGUUGCCCUUCUUCACCUACUGCCGCAGCAAGCUGGCCAACAUCUACUUCAGUCAGGAAGUGGCCCGCAUGACUGAAGGGAAAGGAGUGACCUCCUAUGCUGUGCACCCUGGUUUUGUCCAAAGCGGUUGGACGUGCCACUACUCCAUCCUGUUCCGGAUGCUGAUGCAGGUGAUCAUGUGGAUGUUUUUUGUGCCGUGUGAGAUUGGAGCUCAGACUGUCGUCUACUGUGCUGUGUCAGAUGAAGCUGCCAAACACAGCGGAGGUUACUUCGUCGACUGCCGACCAGCUACUCUGCGUCCUUUCGCAAGAGACGCUGGUGUGGCAAAGAAACUGUGGGAGGCCAGUGAGAGACUGGUGAAACUGGCCUGAUGGUGGAGCUGAUUCUUAGACAGUUAUUUAUGGUUAUGUACGUUUCUUUUAUGUUUAUGUUUUUCAUUCAUAUUUUUGCUGCGUACCAUGCAUGAGUACAUUUUUAUUUAAUAAAAAUAUGAUUUCAUGAUUUAACACUUUGGUUGUAUAACACAUGAUUUGACAUGGUGGUUAUUUCUUAAAACAUGUAAACAUAAAAUAUUAAAUAUUUGUGUUUUAACUA